CAGACUAUUACGUCCCCAGCAAUGUCUUCCAUGCCCGCUGGUCUCAUGGCCUACGACGAUCCCAAGCUCUCCUGGUCCCCGACCCUCCGCCCCACCGUCGACACCAGCCUCCCGUCCUCGUCUACCCCGGCCGAGGCUAGUCCUCAGUCUGCAUCAAUCUCCGCUACCAGCUCGCCAUGGUCCCAGUCUGCGCCUCUGUCGUCCUCCCAGCCGUCCAGUCUCCUCUAUCCCCACAACCGCACCACCUCGCCCGCAGGCCAGCCCGGCCAGUCCAGCAACUCCAUGUCCUCCCCCCUCAGCAACCCCGAGUGGAACAGUCUCUUUUCCCAGCCGCUCAAUCCCAGCGUCUUCGCCGCCCUCGCUGCCAACGGCGUCCUCGGCCUCCCCGCCUCGCCCGGCGACCCCUCUUCCGCCCCAUCAGCGCCCCAUCGCACCGGCCAGUUCCCCCCCUCCUUGUCGCGCUCACAGAACGCCGGCAACUUCGGCAUGAACCCGCCCGAGCUGCAUGUAAAUACCGGUUCUUGGCCAUCAACAUCCAUCAAUCCCUCCUUUCCCCAGCGCGCUUCCCCCGCCCGUUCCAGCGGCUCGUCCAGAAGCAGCACCGUCAACUCCAAGGGGAAAUCGCCCGCCGCGUUCACCCCCAUCCAUUCUCGCGAGCAGUCUGCCUCUUCGAGCCGCCCAGAUUCGCAUCCCUAUGCCAAUCGCAGAAACCCAUCAGGUGACGACGGUCCGUUUUCGCUCGGCCUGCCUCCCCAGCAACCGCUUCAAUACCCGAGUUACACAGUCCCCUCUCAGCGAUCAAGUACCGCUCUCCCCCCUUCACUAUGGAUGUCUCCUACCUCUUCUACCGGCUCUAUGACGCCCGGGAUACCCGGGUACAGCCCCCUCAACCAGAUGUCCCUCCCGACCGCCAUACCCGAAUCCGGGCCCUCCUCCUUCGUGAGCGCCUCGAGCCUGUCCGCGUACGGCGCCUCGCAGCUCUCGAGCCCGCAGACCGCGAGCUCGAAGCCGUCGCCGAUCUUCAGCGACCUCUUCGCCGCGAGCAAGGACACGUCCGCGUACCCGUCGCCGAAGCUCUCGGGGUCCCCCGACCUCGACGCGGCGCGCCUCGCGAGCGGCGAGGUCGCGGACCCGGAGGAGAUGGCGCGCCAGGACCCGCUCGCGACGCAGGUGUGGAAGAUGUACGCGAAGCAGAAGGCGACGAUGCCGCAUGCGCAGCGGAUGGAGAAUCUCACCUGGCGGAUGAUGGCGCUGGCGCUCAAGAAGAAGAAGGAGGACGAGGCGAGGGCGGCGGCGGCGGCGGCGUCGGCGGCGGGUGAAGGUGCGGCGCAGGCCGGCGAGGUGGGCGAGGAGGCGGAGCAGGGGGAGAGGAAGGCGGCGGCGGCGGAGGCAAAGGCGGGUGAGGAGGAGGAGCGCGGGCGGGGCAGGGAAAAGACCAAGGCGAAGGUGCACGUCGUCGGUUUUGAAGGCAUAAACCAGGAUGGCGCGGAAGACCCGACCGAUGAGGUGCCCAUGGACUGGCGGGCGAUGAGCAGGUCCCGCUCCCGAGUCCCGAUGGACUGGACGCCCACCAAUCGCUCGCGCUCGCGCCAGCCCCAGGCGCGGCGCGCGUUCGAUCUCAACGGGCUCGCACAGCAGCAGGAGUAUGACCCGCGGUUCUCGCUGCCUGCCAUCGACUCGUCCUCGGCCCCCGGGCAGAGCGCAAGUAUAAGAGAACAGCGCGCGCUGGAGGGGCAGUUACGGUUCCCCUCGUCGGGCGAGUCGCCCCCGUCGACGUCGGGCCCCGGCACGUCCCCUAAUAUCCCGAUCCCUGGGCGGCGGAGUCCCCCGCACGCGUCGCUCCCGACGCAGCUGAACUAUCCCGGGCCUUUCUUCCCCCACUCGAACCCGCAAUCCGGUGCGCCGCCGUUCCCCGACCACAACGCGCCGCGCUUCCCGCACCCGGGGCACCACCAGUCGCUGUCGGCGUUCACGAGUCCCACUAUCCAGCCCGCGUCGUUGCCGGCCUUUGGUCUGCACGGGCUGCGGCUCCCGCCGGGCGGCGCGUCGGUGUCGGAGAGCCGUACCUUCCCGAGGAGGAUCAGGAAGACGAGCUUUGAUCAUACCGUGGCGAAGGAGGGCAUCUUUUCUGGGAUCCCUGGGCGGCAUCAGCUUAAUGGGCGGCCCCAGGAGGUGGACAGUCUUGCGGGGAUGAAGCGCCGCGCGGACGCGCCGCACGUCGAGAGUAUGCUGCGCUGCGACCCGGCGAACGUCGAUGGGACUGUCCGCCCUGAUGCGGCCCUCGAGCACGAGAGGUUGGACAGGAACAGCCCGUUCCCCUCGUCUGCGUUCAAUUUCAGUUUCCCGUACGACGGCUAUUUCGACAGUGCCGGGCCUGGUCCGCACCUCCCCCAUCCCGAUUUCUCUACCGCGAUGCCUCCGCCGUCGGAGGGCAGGUCGGACGGUCCGUUCAGCCAGCACCACAGUGCGCGGUCGUCGGUGAGUGGCGCGCCGUAUUCGCCUACCGGGGAGUCGCCGCAUCUGAACAGCGACGGGCUGUCCGCGGCGGCUGUCGCCGCGUCUGCCGCGAUGGCGGAGGGCUACGCGCAGCUCAGCGCUGCCAAUAUCGCCGCGGUCGAGGACUCGGGGAUGGAUUACCAGCAGAUCAUGAGCUUGAUGUAUCCGAACUUGGACAACCCCGCGACGGGGAUCGGGCAGCACAAUCCGUACACGCACGUGGACCCGACGCAGAUAUUGCCGGUGGAUGUCGAGGCCGGGGUGUUCCAGUCGUUCCAUCCGAGCCCGUCGAGCGAUGGUUGGGGGAACGGGGUGAACUCGAGCUCGAACGCGUCGCCGGAGCCGUACAAUACCUCGAGCGCGUCGUCGCCGAGGGGGCUGGAGCCCCCGGCGGGCACGAAUGGCGUGCGGAUACCGGGCAGGAAGCUGGCUACGAAACGCGUGUCGCAGGACUCGCAUAGUAGCAGGGCUGCGCAGGUCGCUGCAGCGGCCCAGCGGAAGAAGUCCCUGCCGAAUCUUGUGAGUGCCGGCGGGAUGGGCGAGAAUAGGUCGACGAGCAGUACGCCGGAGCGGGGCUCGAAUGGGGAGGGGAGUGGGGGACAGGCGGGGAAGGCGGGGAAUGACGACGGGGACCAGGCGCCGACUGUUUGUACGAAUUGCCAGACGACGAAUACCCCUCUGUGGCGGAGGGAUCCUGAGGGGCAACCCCUAUGUAAUGCGUGCGGUCUGUUCUAUAAACUACACGGUGUGGUCCGCCCGCUAUCGUUAAAGACAGACGUUAUCAAGAAGAGAAAUCGUGCACCGGGAACCCCCAGCACUGCGGCGCGCAAAGGUCAGACGCUGCCCAAGGUAGCCUCUAACUCGACGCGUCCCCGGUCGUCUACGACUGGGCAUCAACCAAUCGGACUCGCCAGUCGAGUCGGUGUAUCCCCGGGUAAUGCUGGUUCACUUGCCAUGAAACGACAGCGACGGACUUCCACCCAAGGCCUGACGACUGCUAGCAGCAAGUCGGACGAGGGCCUAGCCACGGUAGAGAAGUUAGCACAUAGACCGUAUCGCUACCAGCGGGAAGGUCAUAGGCGUCACGGUCGUGUUCGACGUUCAACUCGACAGACGAUCGUUUCUUCUUUCUUGUUUCCCGCUGCGUCCCCUCCGCCCACCCUGGCUUCACUUUUCCGCCCGUCGCAGCGCCAGCCGGCCCCGCCGUCGUCCUACCCGACAGGUCUCCGGCCAGACACGCGCGAGGACCGCCAUGGCGGCGGCCAGGGGAACUUGCCGCGUCGGGCGUCACGCACGGAAAUGGACUUCGAGCAAGCCUUGCGCACUGGCGGCACUGUCGUAUUGAGGGAGGGUGUCGAUGUGAACACCCUGGGCAUGGACGCGACGCCAUCACCGAAACACUCGGUUUCAUCUCCGCAAGUACCACGAAUAUCCCGUUCUGCUCAGCCUGCUACGCCAGGUGUCAUUCCCCCCACACCAUCACCGGGCGGUAACAACGUUGCUGGCCCGUCAUCCAAUUUACGAUCUCCUUCGCCGUCGUCCUCGUCAAAUGAACACUUCUUCGACGUAGAAGACACCGAUCUGCAGACGAAACGCCGUUCUAUCUAUCGCUCACCCGGUACCGCCAGCAGCCCCGACUUAGCGACCCUGAUCAGGAAAGCGAAGGAGAGGGGAGGGGGGUUCAUGGACUUGCGAGGGAGGAAAGAGGCUGCUAAAGAAGCGCCACCACCGUUACCGAACGCGAAGCCGGCUGGUCUGUAUCCUAAUCGACCUUCACCUUCUCACCGUCCGCGGUCGUCGACAUCGUCGUCUGCGCAUGCCACGCCCGUACCGAAGGGGAAAGGCCGAGUUGAUAUGUCUAACGCGCGGAGUCCAGGCAGUCCUGACUCACAAUGGGUCUUGACUAGUCCACGUACGAAAAGCUCCGGGAAGGAGAGCGGGAACUCGAAGCAUGCUAUGUCGUCCGUCCGAGCAAAGACGAGCGCUCUACUUGGCAAGAUGUGGGGAGGACAAGGUACCGUGAGGGAGCGCUCCAAAACCGACGCUUCCACGAACAUGCCGAGCUUUGACUCAAGGCAGUCUGACCUGUCCUCGCUGCCAGUACCAGCUCUGCCCAAAGAAUUACGUCGUGCACAAGUAGCAUCUCCUAUUAACGACGUGUUCACAGAAUCUCGGCCAAGCACAUCGGACCCCAACAAGCCCCUACCUCCUAUCUCCCAAGCUGACCUCUUGGGUGCUAGCGCUGUCAACGAGUCGGACGAUCAUUCCAUGGUCAUUAUCGACCCGUCGUCAGCACAUCGGUCGCGCUCACCAUCACCGGAGAGAACGAUCAAGAGUAGGACGCCGCCAGCCGCAAACAGGUCCUCCCGCCAUAGUAAGCGGAGGAGCAUGAGCGUCGGGGAAGCAGAGCUCAGACAGGCGAUGGCCCAGGGUUCGACACCUACUACCCUUCCUACCGUCAAGGAUAAAAAUAGCGAGGACGGGCUGGGCUGGGAUACAAGUCUAUAUGGAAUGUUGACCGACUUCCGAGGCGAACUGUCCCACCUCGAUUCGCAUACGUCGCUGGACCUCAAAGAUCCUACGACCCCUGCCAAACGCGCGUCUGCUCUCGCGCGUUCCAAGACGGAACAAGCCAACAUGGCCAGAGCAUCUACCGAAACCGAGCGACCUCAUCCCAAGCAAGCAUCUUCUUGGCCUUUACGACUCGAUACCCCUGCUGUCACAUUAGAUACCCCUGCACUUGACACCCCUACCCUCACUUUAGAGCCUGCCUCUCGCAGUCAUUCAAACCCGUUGGUCACCUCUCCUGUUCACCGCUCCUCUGCUGAUUCUGCGAAUUCUCCGUCCCGGUCGGGAUCCCUUGCGAGCCCUGUCCGGUCGUCAUCUCGUUCUGGGUCAAACCCUAUUGGCGCCCGUCCUACGCAGUCUCCGCGAUACGGUCCCCGAGUUGCGCGGUCGCGGGACUCUAGUUUAGCUAGUUCGCUGCUCCAGCAUGCGCAAUCAUCUUCUCGGGACUCCUCGCGACUGCGCUCUCACCAUAAGUCCAGUGCCUCUAGUUCUGAACCUUCCUUGGUCCCGUGUCCCCCGCACCCUCCCCUUACUGCCAGUUCUCAAGUGGAUCUUUCCGGUCGCCCAACUUUGUCUCGUUACGACUCUGCUGACCAAUCCCCGGCUCGUGAAGACGAUGAUUUGGACGUGGAAGCUCGUGGGCAAGAGUUGGCUGCCAAAUGCUGGACUGAAGAUGAAGAGUUCCUUGCUAAGGAGAAGAUUGCCGAAUGGCUUGGUGGGCACCGCCGUGUUAACAAAAUCGCAUUGCAUCACUAUAUGGACAACUUCGACUUCUCUGGUUUGAGACUGGAUUUGGCAUUCCGACGGUUAUGCGGGAAGUUAUUCUUGAAAGCGGAAACGCAGCAAGUUGAUCGUAUAUUAGAGGAGUUCAGUCGACGAUACUGGGAUUGCAAUCCAAAUUCCGUCUUUGGCAGCGCUAGCGUCGUCCAUGCUGUGUCUUACUCGCUAUUGCUCUUGAAUACCGACUUGCAUGUUGCCGAGCUGACCUCGCGUAUGUCAAGAAGUCAGUUUGUCCGCAACACCCUGGCCGCCAUUCAAAUGCAAUUCCAGCCGACUCGAUCCGAGGGUAUUUCAACGCCCGAUCUGGUCUAUGAUGAUAAUAGCAGCAUGCGGGGCGUCGGAUCCGACAGCAGUGAUGCUGUAAGUACUGUCCAGUCCCGUGGUAAACGGAGUGGAAGUAUCGCCAGCUGGAACAGUGUUACUGUCGACGGUUACGUCUCCAAUGUGAAAGUGGGUGCUGCAGCUUCGACGGGGCAAGUCGAUGCUUCGCCAGGGAAGGAGCCUGUCCGCAAUGACAGUGUGACGUCGGUUGCCCUACCGUCUGGAUCUGAGUCCCGGACGCCUAGUAGUGGUUCGACUCCUUUCGUUUACGAUCGUGCCUGGGAAAAUGAGAUGGAGAGCCUCUUGAAGGAUAUGUACAAUGCCGUCAAGAAUCAGCAAAUUCUCCAACCGCUGGGCAGUAGUCUUAUGGUGCGAGGGUCAACCUCGUCUUUGGUCCCCGGCUCUCCCCACAAUGCUGUGCUGCGCAACCGAAGCGUACGGACGCAGAAUGACCGUCUCACUACUUUGAAACGGGGUAGCAUUCGCGGGCUCUCGUCCCUUAUUGGGGUUCAGUCCGCUGUUAGUCCGUACAGCAGCCAUAGCAGUCUUGAUGGUCGGGCUAGCCCUUCCCCUAGUUUCGCCACAUCUACGAAUGAAGCCAUUCCAAGUGCCUCGUUCUUGACCCCUGCGUUAGGGUUCGCUUCUAACCUUUCGCACACUAUCAUCCGCGAAGCGCAAGAGGACGACGACCGCAGUGCUCAGAGUCAGGAUACGGAGUCGACGAAUAUAAGUAUUACUGACGAAGAGUUGGCGCUCCUUGGGCCACCUUGGGCCAAGGAGGGUAUGUUGUGCCGGAAACAGUAUUGGGAAUCCACCGGGAAGCGAGCCAAGUCAAGAAACUGGAUGGACGUGUUUGUCGUUAUCCAGAAAGGCGAACUCAGCAUGUUUACCUUCGGUGAACAUGGCGGAGGCGGCCAUAAUGUGGUUGGUGGUGGUAACUGGCUGGAAAACGCCAACUCCGUCGGAUCUGUGCUUUUGGCCCAUUCUCUUGCGCAUGCGCUACCGCCCCCGGGAUACAACCGGCAACGUCCUCAUUGUAUGGUCCUGACACUGUCCAAUGGCGCAGUAUAUUUCUUCCAGGCUGGCACGGAAGAGCUUGUUAACGAAUGGGUCUCCACUUGCAACUAUUGGGCGGCUAGGACGAGUAAGGAGCCACUGACGGGAGGUGUCUCCAAUAUGGAAUAUGGCUGGAACAGGGUGGCAGAGCCCCACGGCCGGUCUGCUUCGGAAGACGAACUCAAUAAAAAAGAGUCCGACUCUCUCAGUGUACACAGCCAUCACAGCAAGUAUGGCUGGAAGAAUGGGUCUGCAACUGUCAGAGCCUCCCCUAUGGGAGAGCGCAUCUCGAUCAACGAAUGGAAACCACCUCUUCCUCCUGCUGUGGCCAGUACACACGACGAGGAGACGCAACUGGAGGCCUUGCAGAAACACGUCAAUUCCCUGAAGAAGGAUCUCAAGCAGCAUAAUGAACUCCGAGAACCCAUGAUGUCUUUGUAUCAGCCUCGAUCCGCGAACGCUACCAAGGCCAUGAGUAAUUGGGAGAAGAAGUCGCAGUAUUUGCUGGCGGAGAUUGUCAAGUACUCCUCCUACAUCGACUCUCUUCAGGCCGCUAUGGCUUUGCGCCUGAAGAAAAGAGGAGAAAAAGCCUUGGAGCGCGCUCUGGUUACCGUGGAUCCCGAUGAGGAUUCUGCAGCUCAAAAGGGCAAGUGGAAUCCCGAAGAGGAGACGAUUGAAGAGGGUGAUGAACCCAUUUCCGCUGGUCUGGAUCCCUCUCGACUGUCUACGUCGCAAUCCCAUCGGAGGGAGAGAGCGGUGAUCUGCGACAGUGAGGACGAGGACGAUGAGGCAUAAUCCUGACGCUGUACAUCUGCUUUUUAUACGUUCACUUAGUAUUUUCCUGCUAUCGAUCGGUAUUUCUUAUAAUAUCUCUGUAUUAGAACGCUCCUUACAGUUAUCUCUCCUGAUUCUCUGGAUCCAAGCUGAGGUGGCAAUCGUGAUAUACUUUACGUUCUGAG